UGAGUGAGAAGGAGCGCACGUUGAGGCCGGCCAUUGGCCGGGGUGUGGCGGGGCGGCCAAUGGUGGCCGGGCCGUCACACGCCGCCACCCGCCGCCACACUCACACACUCGCACCUGCAUAUAUACAAUAUGCAUGAUAAAGUCGUUGCUACCAUGGAGGAAAAUCCUCCAAAGGUGAAUAAAUGGGAUGGAAAUGCUCUUAAAAAUGCGCUUGAUGAUGCAGUAAAGGACGUGUUGCUAUCACGGUUCAGUUAUGUAGAAAGCCACAAGCUGCUUGACGGUCGGCUUAUCAUAUCAUCUGUGGCAGUGGGAUUCUCAGUUUUUGCUCUUAUUUGGGAUUUACUUUAUCCAUUCCCACAGUCCAGAACUGUGAUGUGUGUGUGUGUGGUAUCCUACUUCAUCAUGAUGGGAGUUCUUACUUGGUAUACUACCUACUUGGAGUGUGGAAUCUUCUGCACAGCCCUUAAUAAAGAUGCUGCUGGGAUUGACCCAGAUGAUGUGUGGAAUGCUUCCUCUUCUCUUAAGAGAUUUGACAACAACUACCACCUGCGUCUGACACAGAAGGCUGGUAAGACAGGGCGAGCGAAGGAGGCCCGGACUGUUCUCACUGUAGAGAACUUUUUCGAUGAGACUGGCAGGCUCUUGUAUGGAUCUGUGGCAAAGGAAGUUCUACGUCUACAUUCUGAUGUAGAGCAUAAGAAAAACUAGAAUUUCUUAAUUAUUUAAGUUUGUUGCAGGAAGGAUUGGUUAAAAUGUUUUCGUAAGCACAUUACUUUAAUAUUUCCUGCUAAAUUUUUACCAAAUGUUUGGAAGGUCACAUCCUUCAAUGGUUGACAACCGGACACAGUUGUCAUAAAUGUCAUUUUGAUGUAACAUUCCCAGUGAGUACAAUAUCAGAGUAAUAUUAAUUCAAUGUUGAACAAAAGUUAUCAGCCUUAAUUUAUGAGUAAUAAACAUUAUCAAUAUUGAAUAAUUAUCACCAUUAAUUCAGUGUUGAGUAAAUGUUACACUUGGAUAUUGUGCCCACUGGGUUCAGGCUUCCAUGAAGCUGAUCAUGGUGUUGGUGUUAAUUCUUUUUGAUAAAUGUAUGUACAAAUAUGAAGGGACAUUUACACUUGACAUUUAAUUUAAAUUAGGUAAUUAUACAUGUAAGAUUCAUGUGUAUUUGGUUGUAUUAUUGCCUAUUAUCAGAUAAUUAAGUUAAAACUGUUAUGCUGUCAGUCUUUGAUCCAAAGUUAAUUUGUAUUGAUACAUUCUCUGAUGUCAUUUCUAUAUUGGCUAUUGAUUUAUCAAACUGUUUUUACAAGGAAUUUUUGUUAGCUACCAAGUAAAGUGGACAUGCUUAUGUAACUAGUAUUAGUGCAAUUUCUAAAGGUAGAUGUCCAUUGACAUUGGGAUUUGUUUUAUUAAUAUACAUGAAAUGAACUUUUACCAUCUUGACGUGUCUGAAUAAAAAUCAUGAUUA